AUGCGUGAUAUCGUUUCAUUUAUUAUUUUGAUAAGUUUAAUAAAACCAUCGAAUUUACAAUUACUGAUAAACGUUAGAAAUCAGGGAGGUGAUGUUUUGCAAGAAAAUAUUACUGCAAAUGUAUCUGAAGAUACAGUAACCCUCGAUUUUCUACGUUUGGAUGGUACUUACGUAUCACAAUUAGUCGACUUUACAAAUGAAGUUGAGGCAAUGAAAGUUAUAAUCCCGGCUGAAGAAGAGCUUGGACAGUCAGGUUACCAAACUUUAUGCUUUCUUACACAUGCUGCUCAGGCAGACUUCAUUGCACCAGAUGCUAUGGCAAAACUAAGACAGAAAAAUGCUGGGACUGUACGGGUUGCUGAGGAGGAUAAAGGCUGGAGACAAACUACAGCAACUGCCUGGGCUAGUAGAGUGACACGAUUACUAUCACCAGCAGCUGCUAGGCACUGUGCAUCUGCCAAGGAUCAUGUGUACUUACGAGCUGCAGAUUUGACGAGAUGGGCUCCUAGACCAGGAAUGGAGCAUUCCUCAUAUGCCUCAGAAAUCAGUCCAUUCCCAGAACAUGCUUUGGCAUCUGACACUUCUGAUGGUUCACCAUUUGUGCCUGCUUGUGUAGCUGAGACAGACUCUGCUAACGAGUGUAUUUGUCACUUUGAGGUUUGUGUCAAUUGGUAUCCUUGUGGACUAAAAUACUGCAAAGGUAAACCACAAGGUGGAUUGAGCUAUAGGUGUGGCAUCAAGACAUGUCAUCGCUGCUAUCGGUAUCAUUUCUAUGUGCGGCGCAGAGACACAUGCCUCACAUAUAUGUGA